CCGCCUGGGCUGCGCAUGCGCCGGGCCGCCCCGGCCGUUCGCCGGCGCCACGGCGGCCGUGCCUGCGCACGCGCAGUCGGGGCCGGGACGGCGCGGGCUCCCGCUGCUGGGCGGGGGGCGGGGCCUGGGCGCGCGCGGCGCGGCGGGAGCCAAUCGGCGGCCGUGACGUCACUUUGGCGGGGAGUUUGGCGGCCGGGGCUCGCGGCGGCGGGAGUCGGGGCGGCGGCGGCGGGGGGCGAGCGCGACGAGCGGCGCGGCCCGCAGGACCCGCGGCCUUCGCGCGCCUUCUCCUCCCGCGGCCUCGACCGGGGCGCAGAUGCUCUUCAGCUCGGUGCUCCGCCAGCCCCGGCUGGGCGGCCCGAGGGGCGGCUGGCCUUCCCGGUACCCGCUGCAGUCCCUGCUGGUUGGCUACCAGUGCAGCUGCCAUGACGAGCACACCUCGUAUGGUGAGACGGGCGUCCCCGUGCCCCCUUUCGGAUGCACCUUCUCUUCAGCCCCUAACAUGGAGCAUAUACUAGCAGUUGCCAAUGAAGAAGGUUUCGUUCGAUUAUAUAACACAGAAUCACAAUCCAGUAGAAAGAAGUGCAUCAAAGAAUGGAUGGCACACUGGAAUGCUGUCUUUGAUCUUGCCUGGGUUCCCGGAGAAUUUAAACUUGUCACGGCAGCAGGUGAUCAGACAGCAAAGUUCUGGGAUGUACAAGCUGGCGAGCUGAUGGGCACGUGCAAAGGCCACCAGUGCAGCCUCAAGUCGGUUGCCUUUUCGAAGUCCGAGAAAGCCGUGUUCUGUACCGGUGGACGAGAUGGCAACAUCAUGGUCUGGGACACAAGAUGCAAUAAAAAAGAUGGAUUUUAUAGGCAAGUAAAUCAAAUCAGCGGUGCUCAUAAUACCGGAGACAAGCAAACUCCAUCCAAACCUAAGAAGAAACAGAAUUCUAAAGGACUUGCUCCCUCUGUGGAUUUCCAGCAGAGUGUGACUGUGGUUCUCUUUCAAGAUGAAAACACGUUAGUGUCGGCAGGUGCCGUGGAUGGGGUGAUCAAAGUAUGGGACCUGCGAAAGAAUUACACAGCUUACCGUCAGGAACCCAUCGCGGCCAAGUGCUUCUUGUACCCGGGCAGCAGCACGCGGAAGCUGGGGUACUCAAGCUUGGUUCUGGACUCCACGGGCUCCACUCUGUUUGCCAACUGCACCGAUGACAACAUCUACGUGUUUAAUAUGACGGGGCUGAAGGCUUCUCCAGUGGCUGUCUAUAGUGGACACCAGAACUCGACCUUUUACAUUAAAUCCAGCCUCAGUCCAGAUGACCAGUUUUUAAUCAGUGGCUCGAGUGAUGAAUCUGCCUACAUCUGGAAGGUCUCUGCUCCCUCGCUUCCGCCCACUGUGCUCCAAGGUCACUCUCAAGAGGUCACUUCUGUGUGCUGGUGCCCCUCAGACUUCACAAAGAUCGCCACCUGCUCCGAUGACAAUACACUGAAGAUCUGGCGUCUGAACCGGGGCUUGGAGGAGAGAUCUGUGGAUAAGCUCACCCUGGUGGGUUGGGCCUCUCAGAGGAAGAAGGAGGCGCGCCCAGAGCCGGCACCAGCGGCCAGCAGCCAGUGUACGCCUGCCAAGGCCCCCCGCGCGAGGAGCAGCCUGGCCCUCGGCUCCCCGUCCUCGGCCACGUGUGCACCAAGCUGCUCCGGGGCCCUGCCCCUCCCCUCCAGCACCCCCACCUCUCUGAGGACGCCACCUGCCAAGGCCCGCUCGCCCGGCACCAGGAGGGGCUCCGCCUCCCCCAAGCCCCCCUCCUCCUUCAAGAUGUCUAUUCGCCACUGGAUGACCCAGACCCCGUCCUCGUCGCCGCCCGGCGAGCCCCAACUCCUGUCCCCACGGAAGGCCCUCAUCCCCGUGAGCCUCAGGUCGGCCCAGGCAGCCGCCGUCUGCCCCGGCUCCCGCAGCCGCGUGAAGCGCCGGCUGGACGCGGGGGGCACGGAGAGCACCAAGCAGAAGUGUGCGAGGGGCUGCACUUGCGUGACCGAGCUCGGCGUCCCGGCCGAGAAGCUGCAGCUGGACGUGUGCUGCCUGGCCGGGGGCCCUGAGGAUGCAGGCCAGGACACCCUGGGGCCAGCCAAGGGUGGCAAGACGGAGGGUGCCACUGGGAGCAUCUCGGAGCCGCCGUCCCCCGCCAGCCCCUGCACCGCAGAAGCCUGUGCCACGCUGCCACUCGCCCUGGGCACUUGCGGGGAAGGGUCCGGGGUGGUGGGCAAAGAGAACAGCUCCCCCGAGAACAAAAACUGGCUCCUGGCCAUGGCUGCAAAGCGGAAAGCUGAGACGUCUCCACACAGCCCCUCGGCACAGACCCCCGGGGCCAGAAGACAAAGCGGAAAGACUCCCCCAGGCCCGGGCACCAUCACCCCUGGCUCCAUGAGGAAAAUCUGCACUUACUUCCACCGCAAGCCCCAGGAAGACUUUUGCAGCCCCGAGCGGUCCACAGAGCUGUGAUGGUGACGCGCCGAUCUGGAGGCAGCCCUGAGCGGUCCAUGGAGCUGUGACGGCGGUGCCAGCCUGGAGGGAAGGUGCAGCCUUGGUCACUGGGAAAGGGCGGCCCCGCUGUGGGGCCAGGCCCUCUCAGAAGGCACUGUGCCACUCUGUCCGCCCAGCUCGGACAAGGUGGGGUCUGGCCAGCCGCCGGGACCCCCGGCUGCUCCUGCAAGUGGCCUUUUACUGCACUCAAGAGGGGAGUCUGUACGAACGUGUUCAGAUGAGUACAUUUUUAUUCAGUAUUAAAAUAAGUCUCCAGUUAAAUCUCUAUUUUAAAGUCAGUGAGAAAUGUCAUAUCUCGGCGGGAAUUUUAUCAUUUCCCUGAGACCCAGCUCCCAUCUUCCUGUGAGGCCACAUCCUGACCUCAUUUCUGCACGAGGUGGCAGUUUUAUUCACCCUUGCAAGAAAGAUGUCAGGGCUUGGCCUAGGUGCUUGAGGGACUGUGAUUAAGUCAUGAGACUUUUAGUAAUGAUUUUUUAAUAGAUAUUUUUGUAAAGAAGAUACCUCUGGACCUAAAAUCCAGAACCUGAAAAUCAGGGCUUUUUUAACCUGGUUUGGGGGGAAGCAUGGCAGAACCAGCACCCCGAUGUUCUUGCCUUGCGUACAGAGCGGGCCGCCGCUUCUGGCAGCA